AUGGUCACUGGAAAUGUGCGACUAUUCUCGCGUCUAAAAUCAUGGUCAGCGUUAUCAGUUAGUGAAGACAUUCAAGUGCGACGGUCAAAUAAUCGACGAAAGCGACGUAAGCGCAAUUACAAUGCAAGAAGGCUUAGACACGACGAAAAUAAAUAUUACAUUGCAGAGGAACGACAAGAGGUGGAGCACGAUGAAGUCAUUAGUCUUUCAGCUGCAGAGCUUGAAAACUGGCAACAGAAAGUGAUUAACCACGUUGAAGAUCAUUUCACAAGUAGAUGA